AUGCUGUGUCUGUGGCUCUCCGAGGGCCCCUGCCUGGCAGCUCUGACUGUGACGCUGCUGGUGCUGAGCCCCAUCCCGGCUUUGGCUGGGGACCUCCUAUCGCGUUUCAUGCUGCAGAUGAAGUAUGAGUGUCAUUUCUCCAACGGGACGCAGCGGGUGCGGUACGUGGAGAGGCACUUCUACAACCGGGAGGAGACUCUGCGCUUCGACAGCGACGUGGGGGCGUUCAGGGCGCCGACGGAGCUGGGCCGGCCGGAGGCGGAGGCCUGGAACCAGCGCGAGGACAGACUGGAGGACAGGAGGGCCGCGGUGGACACGUUCUGCAGAUACAACUACCUGGCGCUGGAGAGCUUCGCGGGGCGGCGGCGAGUUGUGCCGAAGGUGACCGUGUACCCUGCAAAGACCCAGCCCCUGCAGCACCACAACCUCCUGGUCUGCGCUGUGAGUGGUUUCUAUCCAGGCCACAUUGAAGUGCGGUGGUUCCGGAAUGGAGAGGAAGAGGAGGCUGGGGUCGUGUCCACGGGCCUGAUCCGUAAUGGAGACUGGACCUUCCAGACCCUGGUGAUGCUUGAGACAGUUCCUCAGAGUGGAGAGGUGUACACGUGCCAGGUGGAGCACCCGAGCGUGACCAGCCCCGUCACCGUGGAAUGGAGGGUACAGUCGGCAUCUGCUCACAGCAAGCAGCUGAGUGGAAUUGGGGGCGUGGUGCUGGGUCUGCUCUUCCUGGGUGUGGGGCUGUUCAUCUACUGCAGGGCUCAGAAGGGCCACUCUGGGCUUCAGCCAACAGAAAAUGUCCUGUCCAUGGCCUCCUCGGCCCCUGGCUUUGCCUGGAAGUCAAUACUGACGGCGGUGCCUUCUCUGCAUUGUUUGCAGCUAUCAUUUAGAUGCAACCCUUGCAGCCUCCUCUGCAUUGGAUACCACCCGGUGCUACAGCACUUUAACACAUACCGUCAGCAUCAUACAGCUGCAAGGAAGAGAACUGGAAAAGAGAGGGAGGAUGACAUCACCGUGCAACAAGAGUUUUCAUUCCUAGCUGAUAAAUAA